GUUGCAGGAAGCAAAUUUCUGCUUGAAAAAGCUAGCCUUGGCCUUUCUAACUGCCUGUGUAUAAUGGUUUCUAGCUUCCCUGAACAGCUGCAUAUCACGGGGGCUGUUCGAUGCUAAUGCAGAACGCCAUAGGAUGUUUUUGUGUUGGUUAAGGGCAGUCAGGUCUGGGAGAACCAAGGGCUAUAUCUGUUCCUGGUUCUAAAUUUCUUGAAUGGGGCAUGUUUAUUUAAGAUGGUUAGGAAGGCAUUUAAAAAAAUAUCCAGGCAUCCUCUACUGACGGGAUGAGAUCAAUAUCCUUACAGGAUACCCGGCCAGGUCGAUUAGAAAGGCCUGCUCGCUGAAGUGUUUCAGGGAGCGUUUUACAGUGAUGAGUGGAGGUCGUUUGACCACUGACCCAUUACGGAUGCAGGCAAUGAGGCAGUGAUCGGGUGCCCGUGUUUAAGGCUUUGGGGAGGUACCUGGUAGGUUCAUUGAUAAUUUGUGUGAGAUUGAGGGCAUCAAGUGUAGAUUGUAGGAUGGGUGGGGUGUUAAGCAUGUUCCAGUUUAGGUCGCCUAGCAGCUCGAGCCUUGAAGAUAGAUGGGGGGCAAUCAGUUCACAGAUUGCACGGGCCGUUAGAAGAACUUACACAGAAGGUUAGGAGAGUUAGGUUAAGGUUAGGGAAAAUGCUCUCCAAACCUGCUACAAAAAUCCCUUCCGGUCGUAGCUGUAUCGAGUGGCCAAGAUGGCAGCAUUCUCUAAUAACUAUUUACCUGUUUCACACAGUUAACCAUCUUAUUACAGUUCGUUUUUUUUUGACUGAUUCAAUUCAGCAAGAUAUCAUGAUUUACAAACUGAAAGGAUUAUAUUUACAUUAAGUCUACAGGUCAGUUCAUCUCGAUUCUUCAAACUCCUAAGAACUUCACAAAUCCAGUGUGUGGGUCUUCCAGUGAGUUGGAGAGGCUUGAGGAACCAUGGCACAGUUUGAAAGCUUGUGGACUGUACCUAUUAUAUUGGUGUUUGUAACCAUUGGAUGCUGUAUUGCAUGUGGUAGAGCUGAGUACAGAAUAGGGGAUGAAUGUUGUCCCAUGUGUUCACCAGGAAAUCGUGUAUAUAAGCAUUGUACUGAAUUCACCAGUACCAGCUGUGUGCCCUGUGUUGAUGCUACUUUCCUUGAUGAGCCCAAUGGUCUCAUGAAAUGCAAAGUGUGUACCAACUGUGAUCCAGGUUUGGGUUUGAAGGUAAAGCAGUCAUGUAGACCUUCAUCAGACACUGUCUGUGGGACACUGGAGGGGUUCUACUGUCUAGACCCAACUAAGGAUGGUUGUAGAGCAGCCCAGAGACACAGCAGCUGUCUGCCUGGUCAAUACAUCAGUCACACAGGAACAACAUCUACAGAUACUGUGUGUUCUGACUGUACUGGUGACACCUAUUCAAAUGGAUCAUUUACAUCCUGCCAGCCACACACACAAUGUCAUACCUUGAAGCUUCAGCAAAUUAAAUCUGGAACUCAUUGGUCCGACUCUGAGUGUGGACCACAAAUCUCACCUAUAGCUACAUUAAUAUUUGCUGUGGUGGUGGGGGUACUCGCUGUGAUAGCAGCCGUGACGACGGCAGCUAUUAUGAAAAGAAGAAGAAAAAACACCAAAAGAUCCUUUAACUCGUGAGAUUAUUUUGUGGGAAUUGUACAUUUAUUGUUUAAGUGAGAAAUAUCAAAUAGCACUAAAUCAAAUGUGA